AUGGCAUCGUUUUUUUCUGAUUUUGAGGAUCAGUUUUCGGAGUACACUUGGCCGCGACUCAUAUAUAGCGCUGUUCGGGCUCCUGCUUACCACUUUUACUUUGAAAUCUCACUAAUAAUCGGGAUAAUUUGGCUCCUUUUCAAACGUAGCUACAAUAUCCGUGACAAUGCAGAGCUCUCUUCUUCGGAGAAAAAACAGUUGAUAGAGGAGUGGGUACCUGAGCCUCUAGUUCCCGCAUCAUGGACUCCACCAAAGAAACUACUUGAACGAUUCCACAGGGCUUCUGUUGGGGCCGUUAAAAAAUAUGUUCAAUUCGAAGACAGAUCAUCUGGCAAAGACAAGCUGAAAACAGUGCCGCACCUCAAUGUUGCAAGUCUUAACUUCCUUGAUUUCAUUGGCGAUGAAACUCUGAAUCAAGUUGCAAUUAAGGCAUUAAGAAAAUAUGGUCUCGGAGCUUGUGGUCCCCGAGGCUUCUACGGCACUUUUGACGCUCAUCUCAGUCUCGAAAAGGCACUUGAAACGUUCAUUGGCGUAGAAGAAGUUGCCCUUUACUCCUUCGGCUUCUCCACAAUCGCCAGUGCAAUUCCCGCCUACGCAAAACGCACAGACAUUAUCUUCGCUGACGAGGGUGUUAGUCAGGCAGUCCACGAGGGACUACUCGCUUCUCGUAGCACCAUUCGCUAUUUCCGCCACAAUGAUAUGGACCACCUUGAGGAACUGUUGGCUGCUCAGCAAGUCGAGGAUGUAAUCGAUCCGAAACGUGCGUCGCAGAUUCGUCGGUUCUUUGUUGUCGAAGGUCUGUACCUCGACUACGGUGACAUAUGUCCCCUCCCUCGAUUAGUUGAUCUUAAGUACAAGUACAAGGUACGCAUAAUCUUGGAUGAGACCAUUUCAUUCGGAGUUCUCGGCGAAGCAGGACGGGGUGUCACAGAGCAUUUCGGAAUCAACGUGGACCACGUUGACGUCAUUACAGGUUCCCUCGAGACAGCAAUUGGCGUUUUCGGGGGCUUCUGCGCCGGUUCUCACUUCGUCGUCGACCAUCAACGCUUGUCGGGCCAAGGAUACUGCUUCUCAGCCUCCCUUCCACCGAUUCUUGCUGUCGCCUCCGAAGCAGCGGUCGAGUGCCUCCAAAAAGAGUCCGGAAGUCGCCAGAGACGUCUGCGUCACAUCGCCCACCUCCUACAGGACCGUCUACAGGAGAAGACGCUGGCGCAGUACUGGACCCUCGAUCCAGCCACACACCCUGACUCCCCGGUGAAACAUAUCCGCCUCGCCGUUGGCAAAAACACCAUCGACAGACUGGAGGAGGCCUGUGAUCUGGCCAGUUCGCUGCCGCAGAGUCUUGAGGUGUCGGACAAGGCGCUCCUCACGACACCCGUCCUCUUGACCGUAGCUCGCCACGUGGAGGGUGCUCACCGCAAAAUCCCAGCUCCAAGCAUCCGUCUUUCUCUGAACUACUCCAUAACUGACGACGAACUGAUGCACAUCUGUUCGGUGCUCGUCAAAGUGGGUGAGGUCAUAUCUGCCAAAGACUAG